CAGCGAGGCUAGCUGCGCGCCCAGCGGUUUGUUUUUCGGAGCAUUCCUGAGGUGGAGAACAGUGGCCGGACGGAGCGACUUCUGGACUUCGGGACUGGCAGGCGGGCGGGCCGAGUGGCGCCGCCGAGGCCGGGCUGGGCCGAGCCUGGGAGCGCCGGGGAUGUAGCGGGCCACCCUGCUCAUGCCACAGCGCCCGGCCGCGGCCGGAGCCGGAGCCUGGGGAGGCGGCGGGGGCCCCGAGCGCAGCCAGCGCAGCCCGCGGCCCCCGUGCGGAGCCAGGCCCGCUGCCGUCCCCGCCGCCUGCUCCCCCGGCAUGCAGCCCAGGCUGCGGAGGUGACACUUCUGGGCUGUAGCCGCCGCCGCCGCCGCCAUCGCCACCAUGGAUGAACAGGAGGCAUUAGACUCGAUCAUGAAGGACCUGGUGGCCCUCCAGAUGAGCAGACGUCCCCGGGUGUCUGGAUAUGAGACCAUGAAGAACAAGGACUCGGGUCACCCAAAUAGGCAGAGUGACGUCAGAAUCAAGUUUGAACACAAUGGGGAGAGACGAAUUAUAGCGUUUAGCCGGCCUGUGAGAUUCGAAGAUGUGGAACACAAGGUGACAACCGUAUUCGGGCAACCCCUUGAUUUACAUUAUAUGAAUAAUGAGCUCUCCAUCCUGUUGAAAAACCAAGAUGAUCUUGAUAAAGCAAUUGACAUUUUGGAUAGAAGCUCAAGCAUGAAAAGCCUUAGAAUACUACUGUUACCCCAAGACAGAAACCAUACCAGUUCCUCUCCCCACUCUGGAGUGUCCAGGCAGGUUCGGAUCAAGCCUUCCCAGUCUGCAGGGGAUAUAAAUACCAUCUACCAAGCUCCUGAGCCCAGAAGCAGGCACCUCUCUGUCAGCUCCCAGAACCCUGGCAGAAGCUCUCCUCCACCUGGUUAUGUACCUGAGCGACAACAGCAUAUUGCCCGGCAGGGAUCCUAUACGAGCAUCAACAGUGAAGGCGAGUUCAUCCCAGAGACCAGCGAGCAGUGUAUGCUAGAUCCCUUGAGCAGUGCUGAAAAUUCCUUGUCAGGAAGCUGCCAAUCCUUGGACAAGUCAGCAGACAGCCCAUCCUUCAGGAAAUCCCAAAUGUCCCGAGCCAGGAGCUUCCCAGACAACAGAAAGGAAUGCUCCGAUCGGGAGACCCAGCUCUAUGAUAAAGGAGUCAAAGGUGGAACCUAUCCCAGGCGCUACCAUGUGUCCGUACACCACAAAGACUACAAUGAUGGCAGAAGAACAUUCCCCCGAAUACGGCGGCAUCAAGGCAACCUAUUCACUCUGGUGCCCUCAAGUCGCUCCUUGAGCACAAAUGGCGAGAACAUGGGUGUAGCUGUGCAAUACCUGGACCCCCGUGGGCGCCUACGGAGUGCGGACAGUGAGAAUGCCCUCUCUGUGCAGGAAAGGAAUGUGCCAACCAAAUCUCCCAGUGCUCCCAUCAAUUGGCGUCGGGGGAAGCUCUUGGGUCAAGGUGCUUUUGGCAGGGUCUAUUUGUGCUACGAUGUGGACACAGGACGUGAACUUGCUUCUAAGCAGGUCCAGUUUGACCCAGACAGUCCUGAGACAAGCAAGGAGGUGAGUGCUCUGGAGUGUGAGAUCCAGUUGCUAAAGAACUUGCAACAUGAGCGCAUUGUGCAGUACUAUGGCUGCCUGCGGGACCGUGCUGAGAAGAUCCUCACCAUCUUCAUGGAGUAUAUGCCAGGGGGCUCUGUAAAAGACCAGUUGAAGGCCUAUGGAGCUCUGACAGAGAGUGUGACCCGCAAGUAUACCCGGCAGAUCCUGGAGGGCAUGUCAUACCUGCAUAGCAACAUGAUUGUGCAUCGGGACAUCAAGGGAGCCAAUAUCCUCCGAGACUCAGCUGGGAAUGUGAAGCUUGGGGAUUUUGGGGCCAGCAAACGUCUACAGACCAUCUGCAUGUCUGGGACAGGCAUGCGCUCUGUCACUGGCACACCCUACUGGAUGAGCCCUGAAGUCAUCAGCGGAGAGGGCUACGGAAGAAAAGCAGAUGUGUGGAGUCUGGGCUGUACUGUAGUGGAGAUGCUAACAGAGAAACCACCUUGGGCAGAAUAUGAAGCUAUGGCUGCCAUUUUCAAGAUUGCCACCCAGCCUACCAAUCCUCAGCUUCCCUCUCACAUCUCAGAACAUGGCAGGGACUUCCUGAGGCGCAUUUUUGUGGAAGCUCGUCAGAGACCCUCAGCUGAGGAACUGCUCACACACCACUUUGCACAGCUCAUAUACUGAGCUCUCAAGGCCAUGCUGCUGCCAGCUGCCACCUGCUGAGCGGACAAAGGGCCGCUGUCAGGCUCCGUGAAGUUGCUGCUGCUUCCAGGCAAGGCUAAGGACAGUGGAGCUUCAGUCCAGGCAUUGUCUGUCUGUGCCCCUUCUGUCACUGGGACUCGACAAAGGAUGGGACAGCUGUGGUGUCAAGACCGGGAGCCCCAGCCUGUAAGACCCAAGUUGUCCAGCAGCCUAAGCACAAUGUGGAAGGAAAGAGGCUGGAAACUGCAACACAGCCAUGGCCUCAGUGUGUCCUAACACUGCAGUCAUCACUGAAGCCAGGAGGGACUGGGGCACAGGACUUACUCAAGGGUAUGAAUAGUGUUAUAUCACUCAA